UGGCUGAUUCAGAAAAUUCAGACAAGCUGGAUCUGAAUGAGAUUUGGGGCUAGUGGCUCUGUGCUUAUAAUCUGCCCUUGCUGCCUUUCAACCUCUCGUCAUCUCACCAGCUUUGCUCUUCAAGACACGCCUAAUUGGUCUCUGCAGCUCAGAAGACAUGGAGGCUGUAAUCCUUGCUGUCUCAAAAAUUGGUUCUGUUUUAGUGGAGGAAGCCACCAAAGCUGCUAUAGCCAAGCUAUCUGAAAAAGUUACAAAUCUGAAGGAACUACCACGGAAGGUUGAGGAAAUAGAGAAUGAACUGAAAAUGAUGAACAAUGUUAUAAAGCAGAUAAGUACAACACAUCUUACAGACGAUGUUGUCAAGGGCUGGAUUUCACAGGUGCGCGGCGUGGCCCAUCAUGUUGAGGAUGUAAUGGACAAAUACUCAUACUAUGCUCUUAAAUUAGAGGAAGAGAAUGCCAUGAAAAAAAUCUUCACCAAAGGAAAUUAUGUUGCAGUUUUCAGUGAAAUAGCUGAUGAGAUUACUCAGAUAGAGAAGAGAAUUGAAAAUGUUGUAAAACGGAAAGAACGGUGGCUACAGCAAUCCCACUUCAAUCCCAAUCCACUUGCUAAUAUUGAAAGGAAACGAUCCCAAGACUGCCUCCUGGAACUCGUUCAAGAUGAUCUUGUAGGGAUUGAAAAUAGUAGGAAAUUGUUGACUGAAUGGUUGGACUCCAAUGAGGCAGGUAACACAGUGAUAACAGUAUCUGGUAUGGGUGGAUUGGGAAAAACUACCUUGGUUCGUAAUGUGUAUGAGCGGGAGAAAAACAAUUUUCAAGAUUCUACUUGGAUUGAUGUGUCACAGAAAUAUGAUGAGCUUGAUUUGCUGAGGAAAUUGCUUAGAAAGAUUGGGCCACCUGAACAGACACAGCUAUCAGAUUUGGAUGCCCAUGAAUUGAAACGUACAAUAAAGCAAAGACUAGUAGAUAGCAGAUUUCUGAUUGUAUUGGAUGAUGUCUGGAAUCGAGAAGCAUACAAUCAAAUGGCUGAUGCAUUCCAGAAUCUCCAAGCUGGUCGCAUAAUCAUCACGACACGACAGGGUGAUGUAACAACUCUUGCUCACCCAACACGUCAACUCAUAGUCAAGCCAUUGGAGAAAAGUGAUGCAUUUAAUCUCUUCUGCAGAAAGGCCUUCUAUAACACCAUGCACAGCAAUUGCCCACAGGAUCUUGAGAAUGUGGUUCACAACAUAGUGGAUAGGUGCAAAGGCCUGCCACUUGCAAUCGUGUCUAUAGGUGGCCUGUUGUCUUCAGUACAACCAGAGUAUCAUGUUUGGAAUGAAGUGUACAAACAACUUCAGGACGAGCUAGUGAACAACAGCAAUAUCCAAGCAAUUCUAAAUCUGAGCUACCAAGACUUACCUGGACAUCUUAGAAACUGUUUCUUGUAUUGCAGCCUGUUCCCAGAAGAUCAUAAAUUUCCACGGGAGACCCUUGUCAGGCUGUGGGUUGCAGAAGGCUUUACAGUGCGAAAAAGACAAAAUACACCAGAGGAGGUAGCUGAUAGAUAUCUUCGGGAACUGAUCCAAAGGAAUCUGCUAGAAGUUGUGGACUAUGAUGAGCUAGGUAGGGUUAGAAGCUGUAAGAUGCAUGACCUUGUACGUGACCUGGCACUUUCUAUAGCUAAAGAGGAGAACUUUGGUUCCGCAGAUGAUUAUGGCACAAUGAUAGAAAUGGAUAGGGAUGUUCGCCGCUUGUCAUCUUGUGGAUGGAAAGAUAACAGUGCACCAAAACUGAAACUUCCACGGCUUCGAACCCUAGUAUUACUCAGAACAAUUUCAGCCUCCCCUUAUAUGUUAGAUUCAAUUUUGUCAGAAUCAAAAUACCUCACUGUUCUCGAGCUUCAAGAUUCAGAAAUCACUGAACUGCCAAAAUCUGUAGGUAAUUUAUUCAACCUACGUUACAUUGGCUUAAGGCUCACCAAGGUCAAGUCACUGCCAGACACUAUUGAAAACCUGUCUAAUCUCCAUACUCUGGACAUCAAGCAAACAAAAAUAGAGAAGCUACCACGGGGAAUUGUUAAUAUCAAGAAGUUAAGGCACCUACUAGCAGAUAGAUAUGCUGAUGAGAAGCAAGAGGAGUUCAGGUACUUUAUUGGAGUGCAAGCACCCAAAGAUUUGUCCAACUUGAAAGAACUACAAACUCUUGAGACCGUGCAAGCCAGCAAGGAAUUGGCUGAGCAGCUGAAGAAACUGAUGAAAUUAAGAAGUGUGUGGAUUGACAACAUAAGUUCUACUGAUUGUGCAAAGCUUUUUGCUACCCUGUCAGAUAUGCCACUUCUCUCCAGCUUGCUUCUCUCUGCAAGGGACAAAAACGAGGCACUUUGCUUUGAGGCUCUCAAGCCAAAGUCCACGCAACUGCACAAGUUGAUUAUCAGAGGGCAAUGGGCCAAGGGGACACUUGAUUACCCAAUAUUUCAUGACCACGGUACACAACUCAAGUAUCUAGCACUGAAUGGGUGUCAACUUGGGAAAGAUCCACUAGCGAUGCUUGCAUCACACUUGAAGAACCUCACUUACCUAAGACUGAACAACGUGCGUGGCGCAAAAACGUUGGUUCUUUCUGCGGAGGCUUUCCCCCUCCUGAAGACACUUGUGCUGAAGAACAUGCCUGAUGUCAACGAGCUGCAGAUUAUGAAUGGUGCACUUCCAAUCAUUGAAGGUUUGUACAUUGUAUCUCUUUCAGGUCUGGAGAGGGUCCCUCUGGGCAUUGAAACCCUUCGAACCUUGAAAAUACUGUGGCUACUUUAUCUGCACAAGAACUUUAAAACUCACUGGAUUGAGAGCAAUAUGCACCAGAAAAUGCAGCAUGUUCCAGAGCUACACAUGUAGGAGUGCCAUAUUCCUUUUUUCCUUCAGUAAUAGUCUUGUCUGGUGCAUCUCAAUUUGUCUUGCCUGUUGCAAUAAGUUCAUAGGUAUGGAGGUGUUGGUAACACCACCUGAAACAUUGCCUUUUGUUAUUCAUCAGGACCUGAAGUUUGUUCAAUUGUUUUGCGUUGUUCGGAGAUUGAUUUGGACUGCACUUGCUAGUAAUGAUGCUACUGUAACUCACCUUCCAGUAUUCCAUAUGAGAGAAACUUUUCCUUUGUUUGUAAUUUUGAGAGGGAUGCACAUUGUCUCAAGGGAGCGUUGUUGUACACUUACGUAUAUGAGCAAGACCCCUCUAUCGAAUUUCAGACAAAAUAACUAAAUCAGAAG